AUGAGCGCGCGCUUAUCUCCUGCAGCCAGCCUUCUUCGCAACUCGAAGUUGUUUGCAUUGCCUCCUACAAUAGCACUACCACCUAAAUCUCCAACAUCCGACCAGAUCUCCAGCUCUGAUACGGCAACAACCAAAUACCCCCAACAUGCUGCCAUCAACACGACGGUAGUUUCACACAACUAUGGAGAUUGGGGAUUCAAGAGACCCUUACCUGCAAAGUCGACCAGGUCUACAAACAACCCAGUGGUCCGCUUGGUCCAGGGCAUCGACACGCCCGAGCAGAUUGCUGACUUCGAAUCGGCAGCCGAUCAUCAUAUGCCGGUGCAACUAGAUAACAAAUCGUUCCUUACCGAUCCAUACGCCAAAAGAAUGCACAAUGGUGUCUUCCGAUCUUCUCAUGACAAUACAACCAACUUAGUCUCAUCAGCGCACACUCGUGCAAGCGCUUCUAGUGUGUGGCCUAAUGUAAAGCCCGAGGAAAUAUUUGAUGCGCUCCCCGAGAAGAUCAAGCGGAAACAGAUAGAAAUAGAACAGGCGACGGAACCCGUUAAGCAAGAGGAAGGCGAAGCACAACUUCUCGCAGCCACCAAAAAGCAAUCGCGACCCAUAAAACCACUAAGAUGGCGUUACGCUGGACCCUCGCUCGUAAAAAUAUCUGGCCAAGAGUUUGACGAAUAUCUAAGGAGGAUAAGUGAUAAAGAAAGAGAACUCCUUGACAAGCGCAUCAGACAGGAUCUUGUUGAGGAGAAGACAAGACUCGCACGGGAGAGUGGCCAGAGAGAUAAGACUUUUACCCAGACUGAUAUUACAGAAGGGGAAGUAAAGGAACAGAUGCGCUACCUACGAAAUGAGCCUAGGAAGUUCGGACCUAUUAUUGCAGAAAUACUUGACCUUCCUGAGGUAGAAUCAGAAAUACCAGGGAGAACAAAGGAUCUUGCCGAUCUGUGGGAAUAUGGAAGGAGCACUUUGGCAGCAGGAGAGUGGUCUUCUAGAGGACCUCCAAGAACACAUCCAUCUGCUGGCUUAUCGUAUAUCCAUACCAACAACCACGUUAACAACGAUCCAAAGUACGGUCCACAGAGCUCCAGAAACGUCACGGUUGCUCGAGUCGUAAAAGCCCGGGCCAAGGGCAGUGCCUCGCGUGUCCAUGUUGGUUUGGCGGGAUUUAUUGUACCACCGAUGGAGGCGAGACACGACAGCAAGUUGGAAUAUAUGCCUAAGCCCGGUGGAAACAAGGUGGCAUUGAGGCCGACUGUCGCUUAUGUCCAUUCCAGUGGCGCUGUCAGGCUACACGCAGAACACACAGACUGGACUGUCGAUGAGAACGACAGAGCCGUCUCAAGCGCUGAAAGGGCGGAGAGGAGCCAAGGCCGAGAUCUGCAACAGCCACGAGGCGUUGCACCUGCACCUCGAAUGAGCAGCACGCCAAUGCUGCGUCUGAGCCAGCUCAACAGUUCAAGAAGGGCAGAUCUGAGUCCAGAUGUCGACGACUUUUGGGCGAGCAGCUAG